AUGGCUGCGACGACAAUGAAGACGCUCGCGGCUCUCGUUCCAGUAACAAGCCGCCCUUUCGGCAGUCGGGGGCGGGACGUCUGCGUGUCCCGUAUGGAAUGCUUGGCACGGAGCUUGGAGCGAUCGGGCCCUGGUUUUGGAGUAAUCUGCUUUCUUGGAAUCGACGAGGGAGACCCUGUAUAUGAUGGAAACGAAGAAGGAAACAGCCUGAACGAGAUUAUGUUUCUAUAUGAGGAGCAUGGGCUACGGGUGCGCGCGCACAUCAAAACCCGGGAACCCGGCCAAAUAUGCGACAUCUGGCGCGACCUCGCCGCGCUCGCGUACCGUGACGUCAGCUGUGACUACUACGUGCUGCUCGGAGAUGACGUCCACAUUCUCACGGCUGGCUGGAUGUCGAAUGUGGAAGAGGCCUAUGGCGAUUUUGAAAAGAGGUUGGGCGUCUACGGGUUCGGCUGCGUGGCACUCAAUGACAUCUCGUUUCCCGGGUUUCCGACCUUCCCGAUUAUGCACAGGACGCACAUGGACGCGUUCGGUGGUGUUAAUAUCGUUCCGGACGCUUUCACGAACCAAGACGGAGACCCGUGGCUCUUCGAAAUCUACAAGAGGUGGCGCUGCGCGCGCAUUCUGGAGGACGUCGUACUUGAGAACGCGGUCGGCGGUCAGAGCGCGCCCCGCUACGCUCGGCACCCGGUUCUCAAUUGGAAGAACAAGGAGCUCCACGAGGGCGUGAAACUUCUGGAUGGGUACUUGGACCGGAAGUGCGGAUCAGAGAAAGCUUCAGCGGCGCAUCUCCUGUUACUGGACGUCGUGGUGCCCACGUUCCGCUGCGAUGUGUCCCUGCUGAAUGGAAUCCGCAGCUUGCGCAUUCCGGAAGGCGUGGCUACGACCUUCAUCUUCAUCAUCGAUGAUCCUGCCAAGAAGGAACAGAUCGAGCGCAUCAAGGAGUGGGAGAGCGCUGCUCGGCCGCUGGGAUCGGUGCGAGUGCGUGUAAACGACACCAAUGCAGGAGCCUCAACUUCUCGUAACCACGGCCUGUCCGAAUCGUCAGCCGACUGGGUCCUCUUCCUCGACGAUGACGUCAUCCCGGACGCGGACCUCCUCCAGCACUUUGCGGACGCCAUCAGAGCGCGCGGACACGAAACGGACGGCUUCGUGGGCAUGGUAGAAAUGCCCCGACCGGUCAACCGGUUCACCCGGGCGGUCGGCAUCUCUCAUCUGACGUACUGGUAUGACGUCAGCAGAAAGAUGGAGCGCGUCUCCUGGGGAACGACCGCAAAUCUGGCGGUCCGGCGGUCGGCGCUGCGGUUUGGAGACGGCUUCCCGAAAACAGGUGGCGGCGAGGACGUCGACUUCUGCCUCCGGCUGCUCCGGUGGCCCCUGGUUCCGGUUCCGGGCGCAGUCGCCCGCCAUCCCUGGUGGCGGAACGGCGCUCGGGACUACAGUCCGUUCUCGGGGUGGGCACGUGGCGACGGCCGGAUGGUAAUUCUGCACCCCCGCUUCGCGUACCGGCGCUGCCCAAACCUCGUCGAGGUUUUGGGGGCCGUGCUGCUGGUCGCGGCCGCGUGGGCGGCCGCGAACGGCCUGCCGACGGUUUUGCUUCCGGUGCUGACGAUGAUGCUGGCGCUGUGUGCGGCGGAACUGGGCGUCGAGGUCUACCGGUGCUUUUGGGGAGCAGACAGAAACCACAUGCCGGGCAUCCGUGGCAUCACCCGACUGGAAGCGGCAGCUGAAGCCGCUUUGCUACGAAAUUGGAGUGAGGCGGGAGACUGCUCGGCCACUUGCGGCGUGGGCGGCUCUGGAAUGUUUGCCGUUCCUUCGAGUGGUUCUGUGGCCUGA